CCGGCUCCUUUAAGAUUACACCGCUGUGCAUAUGCACGAUGACCGAUGGGUUUUUCCGGCCCGGUUGCAAGCUUUGCUGCGGUAUGUGCAUUAUUUCGACGAGCUUUUACAGGCCUAAUUUUAGCUGUAUAAAGCCAGAGGAUAUCUUACAGCAAUUUCAGAGACAUAUUUUCUCUUUGUUCAAAGUCAGUUUAGCUUAUUUUGUUCUCAUGAGCGCCGAACAAGAUAAUCAAUUUGAUCAGGCGUCCGCCACGAUCGACGAGCCCGUUUCCAUCCAAAACGACAAGGCAUCCACAAAAAAUGAUGAAGGUGAUCUUGAAAAAAAGCCUGCUUCUGCGUACCUUUUUAUUUCGUUUCUCUGUUGCUUAGUUGCUUUUGGUGGCUAUGUUUUCGGAUUUGAUACCGGAACCAUAUCCGGCUUUGUUAACAUGGACGACUUUUUGGAGAGGUUUGGCCAGCAAAGUGCAGAUGGGAGCUACUACUUGUCAAAUGUGCGUACCGGAUUGAUUGUGUCGAUUUUCAACAUCGGAUGCGCCGUGGGAGGUCUUGCGCUUUCUAAAGUUGGUGAUAUCUGGGGCAGAAGAGUUGGUAUAAUGGUGGCCAUGGUAAUCUACAUGGUUGGCAUUAUUAUCCAGAUUUCUUCACAGGACAAAUGGUACCAAUAUUUUAUUGGUAGAUUAAUCACCGGGUUGGGUGUAGGCACUACUUCGGUGCUUUCACCACUAUUCAUCAGUGAGUCUGCCCCGAAACAUUUGCGUGGCACGCUUGUAUGCUGUUUCCAAUUGAUGAUCACAUUGGGCAUCUUCUUAGGAUACUGCACAACUUAUGGAACGAAGGACUAUUCCGACUCUAGACAGUGGAGAAUCCCUUUGGGCUUGUGUUUUGCGUGGGCUCUCUUGUUGAUUGGCGGAAUGGUGUUCAUGCCCGAAUCGCCCAGGUUCUUGAUUGAACGCCAGAGAUUUGACGAAGCAAAGGCUUCCGUGGCUAAAUCCAACAAGGUCUCGCCAGAAGACCCGGGUGUCUACACCGAGGUUGAGCUCAUCCAGGCCGGUAUUGACAGAGAGGCAUUGGCUGGUACUGCCGGAUGGAAAGAGCUUAUCACCGGAAAGCCUAAGAUGCUCCAGAGAGUCAUUCUUGGCAUGAUGCUUCAGUCCAUCCAGCAGUUGACCGGUAACAAUUACUUUUUCUACUACGGAACCACGAUUUUCAAGGCCGUGGGAAUGCUGGACUCCUUCCAGACAUCGAUUGUUUUGGGUAUUGUGAACUUCGCCUCGACGUUUGCGGGGAUUUUUGCCAUCGAAAGAAUGGGCAGAAGAAUGUGUUUGUUGGUGGGAUCCGCGUGCAUGAGUGUCUGUUUUUUGAUCUACUCUAUUCUUGGCUCUGUCGAUUUGUAUAUCGAUGGCUAUGAGAACACGCCUUCCAACACAAGAAAGCCCACCGGAAAUGCCAUGAUUUUCAUCACCUGUCUUUUUAUCUUUUUCUUUGCGUCUACAUGGGCUGGUGGUGUGUACUCCAUCGUCUCUGAGACUUAUCCAUUGAGAAUUAGAUCAAAGGGUAUGGCUGUGGCAACGGCCGCAAACUGGAUGUGGGGAUUUUUGAUUUCUUUCUUCACACCGUUCAUCACCAGUGCCAUACAAUUCUACUACGGCUUUGUGUUUACUGGCUGUUUGAUUUUUUCUUUUUUCUACGUGUUUUUCUUUGUUAGAGAAACAAAGGGUCUUUCCUUAGAGGAGGUCGAUGAGUUGUAUGCCACUGAUCUUCCGCCAUGGAAGACGGCAGGAUGGAAACCACCUAGUGCCGAUGAAAUGGCACACACCACAGGCUUUGCUGAGGCGGCCAAAACAACCAACGAGCACGUCACCGUUUAGCCUGGCGUAUAUGAUGAAAGACGCGUGACAUGGUUUCAUUUUAUAUAAAGACCCUAUAGAUACAGGAUAGUAAAGGAUAUUCUCAUAAAAUGGCACUGUGA